CAGUCUGAGCUGUGAGCUGACGGCUGCACUCAAUAGGACCAGCCUACACACACACACACACAUAUACACACACACACACAUAUGUAUAUGUUCUAUGCACAUUUAGGCUACACCAAAAACCUGCUGCCGAGCACCGGUCUGCUGAUGUAAAUAAAAGUGCGCAGCUGUGGCUCCAUGAAUGUUGUGAGGUCUUCAAACCAAAUAUUUCCCCAAAGCUGUCUACCAGAGACACGGACGAAGAGCUUCAGGACAGCGCUUAUAACAGCACUUCUGUUAGAUUCCUUGCAUCAAAACAAGCAGCAGGAGGAAGAUCAUGUUUGUUCCCUUGCCAGUGCCGUUCGUGUUUCAGAGAACUGCCCCUGACCUCAACGCCUGGCGUCUCAAGUCUCCUCUGGCUCUCCGCUCCAACUCCGAUAUCAGGAUGUCAAAGCCGGUCGAGGUUGAGAAAGUCGGGGCCAACUCACCGCUGGAGGGCACAGAUUCAGAGCGGAAUGGACCUGAAUCAAAUCACCAGGUAUAUGGCCAGUCACUGAAAGUCGGCUCCUUCCCCCUGUCUCCAAACCUGGGCAGCAGCAAGAAUAAGAUGGAGGAGUGUGCCGAAAUGUCCCCAGGCCUUUCUCCCUCUCAUGGCCCGACCCCUUCACAGACAGCCCUGCAACAUACACAGCUCAUGCUGACCGGCUCGCAACUAGCAGGGUUGACAGCUCUAUUGCCAGCACAGCAGCAGCUGCUGCUGCAGCAGGCUCAGGCGCAGCUCCUGGCCGCCGCUGUGCAGCAGUCUAACGCAGCCCAUGCAGCUCACGCUGCCCAUGCAGCUGCCCAAGCCAAUCAGCAAGCUCAGGCAGCUGCAGCAGCAAAUCAGCAAGCUCAGCAGCAGCAGCAGCAGCAGCAACAGCAAGCGGGACAAACAGGGCAGCAGAGUCACUCGCAGACCCAGGGACAGGGGCAGAGCACACAGGAACAGAGCACCCAAAGUGUCCCCGUCCCACCUCCUCCACCCCAGCUCGCCCUCUCCCAGCCAAUCCAGCUCACCGCCCAGGACAUUCAACAGUUUCUGCAGCUUCAGCAGUUGGUGUUGGUGCCCGGACACUCUCUACCAUCUCCGGCCCAGUUUCUUCUCCCACAGGCACAGCAGUGCCAGCAAGGACUUUUAUCGACACAAAAUCUUAUACCGCUACCUCAGCAAAACCAAGGGAGCCUCCUCUCUGCUCAGACUAGAAUGGGUCUCCAAGCACAGCGAGAUAAAGGCGUGGAUGUCGGCGGUGGUGGAGGUGUGACCACAGUGCCCUCUGUAACUUCUCAUCCCGAGGAGCCCAGUGACCUGGAGGAGCUGGAACAGUUCGCCCGCACUUUCAAGCAGAGACGCAUCAAACUGGGCUUCACUCAGGGAGAUGUUGGCUUGGCCAUGGGGAAGCUGUACGGCAACGACUUCAGUCAGACCACCAUCUCCCGCUUUGAAGCUCUCAACCUGAGCUUUAAGAACAUGUGCAAGCUGAAGCCACUGCUGGAGAAGUGGCUCAAUGACGCAGAGACCAUGUCCAUAGACAGCACCCUCCCCAGCCCCAGCUCCCUGUCCUGCCCCUCUAUGGGCUUCGAGGGGGUUGCUGGUCGUCGCAGAAAGAAGAGAACCAGCAUAGAAACGAAUGUACGGGUGGCCCUGGAGCGUGCAUUUAUGACGAACCAGAAGCCUACCUCAGAAGAGAUCCUGCUGAUCGCAGAGCAGCUCAACAUGGAGAAGGAGGUGAUCCGGGUCUGGUUCUGCAACCGCAGGCAAAAAGAAAAGCGUAUAAAUCCCUCCAGUGCCACCCCUCCCCUGCCCAGCCAGCCCUCCACUGCCCCACAAGCACACAAGCCACCCUGCUACAGCCCUCAUGUGAUGUCCAGCCAGCUGUCGCAGGCAGUGACCAGUCUCAGCAGCACAACGGUGACCACCAUGUCGCCCGUCUGCCCCCUGACUGCCAGCCUCACCUCCACUCACCCGUCUAUCAGCUCCACCCACCCCUCUCUCAGCUCCACGCCGUCCCCGGCGACUCCUCCGCCUCCUCCCCGCAGCACAGCCAGCCCUGCCAUCCCCAGCCACAGCACACUCAACCUUAACACGGGCUUAUGGCGUAUGGGUAAAAAGAACGGCGACAUGUCCAACUACAUCUCCGAUUUUGCUGCAAACUUGAGGAACAAUGUGAUGGGAGUUAACACAGGGAUGAACCAAGCCCUCCUCGGUAACAAUCCCCUGGCCACUCUCCAAGCUCUAGCAGCCAGUGGUGGGCAGAUACCGCUUACCACUCUUGAGGGCUGCAGCAAGGUUAUGCUGGGGGCCUCCGGGGGCCAAGGAGGGGGCCUUCCCUCCUCGCUCUUCCUCAACCACCCCGCCCUCCUCCACAUGGGCCAGAAUCCCAACGCUGGAUUGAUCAGCGCUGCCGUAGCCAAAGUGUCCCAGGCCUCCCCCUUCCCCUCAGCCAGCAGCAUCAGCCCAACACCCUGCUCCCCGUCUCCCUGCUCCAGUCCCGCCUCCUCCUGCUCCUCCAGCGAAAUGGCACACAGCCCACCCUCCCUGGGCGGGGCCAAAAUUGAGUGACCACGCCGGGGGGGCAAUUGCAGAAGAGGAGAAAGGAGGAACCGAGAACCUCGCCUUUCACACCAAAGCUAUCUCUUUCUCUCUCUCUUAUGCUCUUCUUCCAUUUUUUUUCCUUUUUUUGCAAUGGCUCUCCGUCUUUCUCUCCCAGUCUUUCGAUGCCAAAAAUACACAGAAUGAAAGUGGAGAGAAGAAGGGAAAGAAGUGAAAGAGGAGGAAAAGAGGGGGGAAGAGGAAGAUUGAAACCAAAAAUCUUUAUCUAUCCAAACAGAUAAAAAGGAGACGGCAUGGGACCUUUUUUGUCUAAAACAUGUGAUAUCGACAUGGCACCUCUCCACUCUUUCUCUCUGAAGGAAAACAGACCGGUGACUCUUUGACAAAGAGAUGCAAGAGCCAGCAGAGAAGCAUGUUGAAGCGCAUAAACCAAAAAUGACGAAAGAUAACUUUACUAUGUGACAAAGGAAGGACAAAAAAAGAUGAAAAGGAGGACUGUUAUUACGUAUUCUUUUUUUUAUUAUUAUGAUGAUUAUUUUGAAAAGCUGCGGGUCUGAAGGAAGAGGAGUGGGGAGGAUACAUUUAAACCAAAAAUUUACCAAAGGAGGAGGUGGAGGAAGGAUACACAAUGACAAAAAAAAGAAAAAAAGAGACAACCAUACCAAAAUCACAAAUACCAAAAAACCAAAAAUACGGAGAGAAAAGCUUUAUUCAAAGGACGUGUAAAUAAUGAAGCUAUCCAGGACCAGUACUCUUCUGCUACACACACGCAGACGCCACACACACACGCAUACACCAAACGCCAUCCCGUCAUUGACUCACCCUGUCCUUGUCCGCUCACGUGUCUCCCAUUUCUCUUCAUUCCUGAUGCGUUUUGUAUUUUGUAAAAUAUUGUUACUCCAUGUCUGAAUGUUUGCUAGAAACUGCUGUCUCUUUACCUACCUCUGGUUUUAAGAGCAUAGAACAGCAUUCAACGCUUGAUUCUGAACAUGAUUCCUGAUUUUUUUUUUUUUUUUUACAGAGGUAUAGUUUGAGAACCUUUUUUUAUUACUGUUAUUUAUUUGUGUCACUAUACAAUGUAGCUCCUAUUUAUUGUUGCGCGCUGUUGCAGUCUUAGCUCUGGGUUGUUUUUAAUCACGAUCAGUGUCAUCAUUUCGGCCUUCAUCAUGAACGUUUGUGUCAUCGUCAUGCGUUUUGUUUGUAAUGUGACUCCUCUGCAGGAACACAGAUGACAAAGGUGAAAAAGAUGCUCAUCUCAGUUCUCACCAAGUGCCAAUAGAUCACUGAUAGAGUUGAUGCACGUUUGAUUUCAAGGUGUGAAAGAAUUCAUUAAGACUUAAACAUUUGACAUUUUGUGCACUUAAUGAGACUGCUCUUCCCUCACUCUUAAAGAUAACCCAUUAUCGGAGACUCCAUGGCUAAAUGAACAUACCCUGGAAACUUCGCACACUGAAAAUGAUGUUUUGUUAAGUGUGGCGAGCAUUUUGAAAGUAUGAAAUAGGGCUGUGAUUGGAGAUUUAAAGAAAAAGCCGUUGACACUGAAGGCUAAACAAGUCAAUAAAGCCAAGUUUAGUCACACAUGGCUCUCAUUCCUGCCUCGUCAAUCAGCACAGAUGCCCCAACACCUGUAUGUCUAGACAUGUUUACUGACGUUUGUCUGUUUCCAUCAUCACUCCAUCAGUCACAUUUCACUGUCAUUUUCCACUGCACACUGCCAUUAAUUCUCAAAUAUACCAAAGCAUUCUCAAGGCCGGGCUCUUGUUUAAGAGCUACAGCCAAGGCAUGAACACAAUAAAGAAACACUGGUGGUGGUGGUGUUGGUGGGGGGGGGGCAGGAUGCUACGACUGCGAACCCCCCCCCCUCUCCUGUUGGAAUCCCCUCCACCUGGCCAGUCCCAAAGCCUGCGGGGGGGGAAGCUUUAUUUAGGGAACGGUUAGGGAAUGAUCUCUAACUCUGAACCCGCCCCCCCCUAAAAAAAAAAGACAAAAAAACAAAACAAAGGCAUGCUGGGACACACUGUAGUGAGGGGAAACGGCAUCACACCUUUUGUAAGAUGAUACCAAAAAUAAACCCAAACCAAAAAAAAAACCACAACCCAAGGAGUGACAAGCAAACCAAAAAGAACCAAAACCAAAUGUGGCUGGAGGGAGGAGGGCAGGAGGACAAAGUGCAGGUGCUGGAAGAGGCCAGGCCCCUUUCAUCUACCUGUCCCUGCCCAGAAACUUGUGGACGGAGGGAUGAGUAGUCAGGCAGACUGACAGGUGAGCGGAAGAUGGAGAAACAGCUCCUCCCCCUCCUCUGCCUCCCUCUCUCCGGCUCAGCUCUCUGGUCCUGGAUGGAGCUAAACGCAAAUGACCUCACUGAACUGAAAUCUUAUUUCAACAAAUCGGUUUUUAUUUUUCUGUUGGUUGGUUCUGAUUGUUUUAUCUCUGCUGUGUCUCUUGAUGCCGUUUUAUGUACUGUACUUUAGUGCUUACUACUUAUUUGGAAUAACAUACUCGCUUACUUACUACAAGAGCUCCUUAUUUUGUUUUAUUUUUUUGGUAGUCGUGCUAGAAAAUUUUUUAUCAGGUGGUUGGAAAAAAUACUGUGAAAAUUUAGCUUCCAGAUUUUUAUUAGAUAAAGAAACAGACUGUCUUGGCAGGAGAAAAAAAAAGACCACACAAAAAGCCAAAAAAAACAAAGAGCUGAACAGCGAACCUUGAAACUGUCAAACCAAAUACCGAACCAAAACCAAAACAGCCGGCGGGAACGCCGCUGCUCUCGGCAGGAGGGCGGACCACUGGGCCCAUUUAUCUGAGGACUGUGACUGUGCGGUUUCUGUACGGACGUUGUAGUUGGAGGCUUUAAAAAAAUAAAAAUAACCCUGAGUAGCAAUUUUAACCCCAAAGACAGCAAUGCAAGCUACGCUUUAGUCUACAGAAGAACCCGCGCAGCGACGGCCUCAGUGAAGCUAACAGGUCGGGAGUUGGACGCUAACUUAUCCAAAGAAUAUUUGGUUUGAUCCACACCAGGCAAACAGUCGACACGCGAGAAUCGUUUCAUGAACCAAACUUUAGAUGUGGGGUUUGCGCCUCAAAGGCGAAACCUUUCCUCCACAUUGACUCUUAGACGGAAUGUAUCUGUUAGUGCUUCUAUAGAUUUUGUAGAAAAAAGAUCUAUGUUCUACUGCGUACUUAUCACUAAUGUAUUGAAAAGAAAAAAAACUACAAAAAGACUUUGAGAAAAAAAAAAAGAUCCUAAAAACGUUGAUGAUAAUAACUUGAUUUUAGACCAAAAAUUUAAACUAUCUCUCUUCGGGCUUCUUAUUUCUUCUUAUCAAUCAUGAUUUAGACUUUUGAUUGUACUAUUUAUUCAGGGUAGGGUUGUUUUACUGGCCUCUUAUUUCUAUUCUCUUUUUUUUCUGUCUCGCUAUUUAUUUGUUUAUUUAUUACUAGAGGUGCUUUUUUCAUAUUCUUGAAUGUAUUUGUGAUGGACUCCUUGUUUUUUGCCUCCUGCUGAUGUUCUUCCUCACUUCUUAAAGCCAAAUAAUACCACAAAUGCAACCAAAAUACAGAAGAAAGAGAGAGAACAUAUGUAAUUGACAUUAGGUCAUGAAGAUGUUCUCCUCACUAAGGCGACCCGACUCUUUAAGCCGGAGGGGAGCUAGCAGCACCGUGUAGGAAAAGACCCGCUGAUUUACUAGCUUUGAAAGUGUGAGUUGUCAGUUUUCUGGAUAAACGUUUUGAUUGACAUCUCUUUGGAGUUAGACAAAAAUGAGAUUCUGUGUCAGAUAAGGAAACAUAGAUGCAAUUUAUUCCAUUGUAACAGCGUGAGUUGUUCUUUGAGACACGGUGCUGCUUGCUUUGGCUCUGUUUUUUUUUUUGUUGUUUUUUUUUUUCUCCACAUAGGAAAGCUUUACAGCUGCACAACCAAAAACACAGAAGAAGAUCAAGUGGGGGCAAAGAUAAAGGCGUUUUUACAUGACAGAGACAAAAGAAGGAGGCAAAAGAUAAAGGUGAUUUUGGGUUCCUGGUUGUAAAUUGCCCUCUGACUUCUCGCGGUCUCUUUUUUCUGUAUCUCCUUUUGUUUCUGCUUUCCUGUAUGUUGGUUUUAACUUGUUUCUUCAUCCCCUGUAGGAUGUAAAAGAGAGAUAGUUCAUCAUAUACCUCAUAUUCUUUGAUGAUAAACCAAAUAGAUGAAUGCUUUAAAAUACGGGGUUCAAGUGGGGAUCAGGGUGCCGGGACGGUAUGUGUGGCGUGCUGUGCUUGUACUAGCCGGGAGCAGACCCAGGUAGGUCCAACGUUUAAUGGAAGUAAACACAGAGGUUUGGGAUUGAUCUGGGAUGUAACAGAUCACUAAAGGGAUCGCAGGUUUACUCCAUUAGAUUCAGAUGGUGCCAUAUAAUGUCAUAAGACCGUACUGGUGUAUGCUCCUGUCUACGUACACACGCAAACACAUGCAUACCCCGUCCCCCUGAAAAAUACCCCACUGUGUGUGUUGAGCUUUGAACAUGGCCCUCUCCGCACAUCUGACCCUCUCUGCUUUCUCCCUGUCAAACAUUGACUGUGGGCUUCAGUUUGCUCUUUGGCACAGAUCUAAGAUCAAAUCUGGAUCUGGUUUUGGCUCAAAAAAAAAGCUUCUUGGGUUCGUGCCUCAGAGCAGCUUUAUCACCAAAGCCGCCCUCUCUGACCUUUAGCUUCUUAUUGCCUGAUGAGGGGGCAUGAUGAUGAAUUGAUGUCCACGUGUAUCAGCGAGUGCCACAGGGCAGGUAACCGGGGAGCGGCUGAGGCCGAGGUUGCUAGGUGACACGUCCAGACAGUUCUAUGUGUGUCAAGAGAGUGGAAGUUGGAGGGAGAGGUGUGCACACCGACUAAAUACCUGGAUUCUUGCCGGGAGUCCAUCCACUUUCUCGUUCUGCUCAUUUUGUCUCUCUCUUGUGUGCUGAGAGGAGAUGGAGGCUGAGUGAUGUGAGGCUCAGGUUUCAGGGAGCUGGUACAAAGUGUGGAUCUCUUUGGUGGGGAUACCCUCCACGUGAAUGAUACCAAAGUCAAUGCCCUGCCUUGGGAUCCGACACGAUGUACAUGCACCCUGCAAUCCUGAUGUUCCAUUCAAAACCUCCAUUUGACUCUAUAUUAUAUACCACAAAAAAUGUAGGAUUUAUUAUUUUCUUUUAUUCUUCACAGAAUGACAUUCUAACAGGCUUCAACAGCCGUUUCCGGGCGAUGAACGUUAGAAGGACAGUUGAGAUUCAGUCAUGCACAAAGGCGAGAGGCAGCAUGAGGUUUGCUGAGCACAAAGACUGGAAGAGACUCCUAGAAGUUAUUCAAAGAGCCUUUUCUCCCAAAGCCACAACCUGUUGCUUAAUUAUAUCAACUUAUGUCAAAUCUCAGUUACUGAACUUUAGAUAUGCUGCUAGGUGGAUUUUUGUUAACCGGUGGAUUAGAGGAACAACCUUUCUGUGGUAUGGCAAAUCAUGGCCUGGAAAGUCAUUUUGAAGUCAUUUUUGGGCUUCUGGUUUUCUGAAAAAAAAAAGGACAGAAUAUUUGAGUCAUAUUGAAUUGUUUGUUUUGUUAAAAACAAACAUAAAAAGUCACUUUUCUUGUAAAACUGGUGCUGGAGACUUUUUGUUGAUGAUGACAGGCUGUCAUCAAGGGAAGUGAGUGGCACACACAAGUAAAAAUUUCCAUUGAGCUGCAGUUUCCUCUUUUCCAGAAUCACAGCAUAUUUAAGAGUUUGAUAAUGUUCAUUUUCAUACCGCAGUUGCAAACUGGGAAACUGGCAUAGCGCUAGUAGCUGCCAUCUUGCCUUUGUAAUCAUUUGUUCCCAGUGCAGCAGCAGGAGUGGACCUCCCCAGGCUCGUGACUGAAAGUAGAUGUGAUUCAUUAUUUCCAGCUCAUUUGGGCAGAGCAAAGAUGUGUGUCCCACCUCUGUUUCCAGUCUUUCCAGGCGGACCAGCUUCUGGCUGCAGCUGCUCGUUCUCACAGGCAGAAAUGUCGUCCCUGUUGUUUUAUGCAGCUCGAAUUCCCACAGACGCUUCCUACGAAUUGUGGAAAUUAGGAAAAUAUGAACCUCAGGGCACGAAGCCAUGAGAAAGUAUUAGCUGCUGCGGAAUGAGAGACAAAGUGAGCUGAGACAGUAAAACCUCAACAAAACUGCCACAUCUUCCUCCACCCACUCUCAUCCACACACACACACUCUCUUCCUCUCCUUCUUCUCUCUCUUCUUUCUCUCUUUUCUACAAUAGCUUUAGUCCAAAGGUUCUCCAGCAACACAGCAAAGCAAGUCAGACGUCAAAAGAUUAAAACCAAAGAGCUCUAUCUUGAUCUUCUCUCUAACCCAAAACCUCCACUGCACCUCUCACCUCUCUCUGUCCACCCUCCCCUGUCGUCACCUAACGAGCCGGUCUUUGAAGCAUUAACCUCAGCUAUCCAAAGGGAAAUAAUAAUAAUGAUGAGAAUUAAGAUGAUGAUGAAAUGUAUAUUUUUAAGUAUUUGUCAUUGGAAAAAAGAAAAAAAAUCUUAAGCUUCUCAUAAUUAUGAUGAUCACGACGGUGACAACAAUGAUGACGAUGACGAUGAUGAUAAUGAAGUUUCUCUUGGUAUCUUUGUAGCUGUUUGGAUCCUUCUUGAGUUUGUGUCUUUUCUGCUCGUGCUGCCAGAGUACCGCUUAACUCCCAUCAUCCCACCCUUCCCCAACCUUUAAAAAAAAGAAAUUUGGUUCACCCUGCUGUUUGGCCCCAACGGCUACCUGUUCGACCUUUGUCCCUGGAUGUUUGUCUGCACCUGUCUUCAUGUGUGUGUGUGUGUGUGUGUGUGUGUGUGUGUGUGUGUGUGUGUGUGUGUGUGUGUGUGUGUGUGUGUGUGUGAGAGAGAGAGAGCGUUUGUGCGAGAGAGGCUGAGCUGUAGAACAUUCACACGGGGAAGUCUGAGAUUUUCUCUGGAUGCGGUUUCUAGUUAUUUGCUGUUAAAGAGGCGAGGGCAUCAGUCUGUUACACUCGUGAAUGUUUCUGUGUGUGUGCGUGACUGGGUGGGGACUUGGUUGUUGGAGGACAAAAAGAUCCCUUGUUCUUCUGACGACAAUGUACCCCAACCAACACGUGUCCCGUCAACUGUAACGUACUGUUUGCCAACUUCCUAGUACAUGUAGCGUUAAUUCCCCCUCUGUCACGACAGUCACUGCAUUUCCUUUUGUGUGUGUGUGUGUGUGUGUGUGUGUGUGUGUGUGUGUGUGUGUGUGUGUGUGUGUGUGUGUGUGUGUGUGUGUGUGUGUGCAGGUAUGGUUGUGUUAACGUCACUCUUCCUUUUGUUUGCCAUCCUGUGAGCCCCCCAACCCUCCCCCGUCUGCGCCCUUUUCUCCCCCCUGUGGUAGCAAUUUAGCCUUUUAGUGUAUUUAUCUUGAAAGCCAAAAAAAAGAAGAAAAAUAACUCUGCUUGUUCAUUGUACAGUGUUGUUAAUUUUAAGUAAUUUUUGUAACUGAACGUGUUUCA